ACCCAGAGUAGCUGAUUGCACUGCUUCUCAUUCCACUGAACAAAGGUGCUGUGGCCAGUCUCCAGGACAAGAACUUUCAAGUAAAACAGUUGAGGUGAAAGCUAAGAGCUUACCUAUGGAGCUGAGUGAGAAGGGAGGUGUGGAGAACAAUGGAUUUGUUCAAAAUGAGGCUUUUGAGGACAAGGAGAUGGAUACCAGUAGCCAAGAAGAAAUGUCAAAAAAGUGCAGUGUUGAUGUGGACCUGGUGGUUGUAGAGGAUACGGUGCUGAAGCCUUAUGCUGGGAUGCCAAAGGAAGUCUUGCUGCAGUUCUCCAGCCAAGCCCGCUACAGAGUCACCAGGGAGAUCCUCUUCUGGCUCAUAAUUGCUGGUUCUGUGGCACUUGUGUGCACUACGAUUGCCAUCAUUGCUCUCUCUCCAAAGUGCCUUGACUGGUGGCAAGCUAGUCCUAUUUACCAGAUCUAUCCUCGUUCCUUCAAGGACAGCAACAUGGAUGGGAAUGGGGAUCUGAAAGGUAUCCAAGAAAAACUGGACCAUAUUACAUAUUUGAAUAUAAAAACCAUCUGGAUCACCUCUUUCUUUAAGUCUCCUUUAAAAGACCUUGGAUAUGGAGCUGAAGAUUUCUAUGACAUUGAUCCCAUUUUUGGAUCAAUGAGAGAUUUUGAGAAUCUGGUUGCAGCCAUACAUGACAAAGGGCUAAAGGUGAUAAUGGAUUUAAUACCAAACCACACAAGCGACAAACACCAGUGGUUUCAGUUGAGCCGCAAUCAGACUGGCAAAUACGCAGACUACUACAUCUGGCAGGACUGCAUGCAGGCUUCUGGCUCAGUCAUCCCUCCCAACAACUGGGUGAGUGUCUUUGGGGAUUCCAGCUGGCAGUUUGACGAUGUGAGAAAGCAAUGUUAUUUCCAUCAGUUUGGGAAGGAACAGCCAGACCUGAAUUUUCGCAACCCUGCUGUCCAACAAGAAAUCCAUGAUAUUAUAAAAUUUUGGCUUGGCAAAGGAGUGGAUGGGUUUAGUUUUGGUGCCGUUAAAUUUCUCUUAGAAGCAACACAUCUCCGAGAUGAGCCUCGAGUGGACAAGCCUCAGAAGGGAGAAAGUAUCACAGCCUAUUCCCAGCUCUACCAUGACUACACCACCACGCAGGUUGGUUUGCAUGACAUCAUCCGCAGCUUCCGUCACACCAUGAAUGAGUUCAGCAGAGAGCCUGGCAGAUACAGAUUUAUGGGUUCUGAUGAUGAUGAAAAGGAAGACAUUGGAGCAACAAUGAUGUAUUAUGGAACGACUUUUAUCCAAGAAGCAGAUUUUCCCUUCAAUUUCAACCUAAUUAACAUGAAAAAUCUGUCGGGCAACAGUAUUUUUGAAGCUGUCGACUCAUGGAUGAAAAACAUGCCUGCAGGAAAAUGGCCAAACUGGGCAGUUGGAAGCCCUAACGCUGCUCGGCUUUCAACUUGGAUUGGGAAGGAGUACAUCAAUGUCAUGAACAUGCUGCUUUUAACCCUCCCUGGCACUCCUGUAACUUACUAUGGUGAAGAAAUAGGCAUGGAGAACAUUGCAUCAGAAAAUGCAACCCUCCCAGAGAAAUCCCCCAUGCAAUGGGAUGGAAAAGUUAAUGCUGGUUUUACAGAAGGCAACAGCAGCUGGUUACCUGUUAACUCCAACUACCAAAGUGUAAAUGUGGAAAUCCAGAGCACCUGGUCCAACUCGACCCUGAGUUUGUACAGAGCACUGACUUCGCUGCGUAACAAUGAGCUCCCCAUGAAUCGAGGGUGGAUGUGCUACAUCUGGAAUGACAGUAACGUGUUUGUGUUUGUGAGGGAGCUGGAUGGGUUAGACAGAGUCUUCAUGAUGGUGCUCAACUUUGGCCAGGAGAUGACAAUAGACCUGAGGGCCAUAGCUCCCAACCUUCCCUCUGAAGCUGUAAUAAGACUCAGUACUCAUUUUAGCAAUGCUGGUAAAGUGGUCAAUACCAAACUAAUUAAAACUGAAAUGGGAGAAGGCCUGGUCCUUGAAUAUAAAACAGCAAAGCCUGUUCAUACUAUGGAAGCUUUUCAAGGGAAGUGUUUUGUGGCAGAAAAAGCUUGUUAUUCCAAGGUCCUCAAUUUACUCUACAUGAACUGUUAAGUAGAGGAGUAGAAUACCUAUGCUUUAAUGUUAAUUUAGAAGAUAUUAGUUUCUGGGAAAUGCUAAAAAUACUCAUUUUUCCUUGGCUUUUAAAAUUUUGUGUACAAAAUAAAUGUCCU